AUGUACAGAAAUGGUCUCUUCAUUACUACUCGAACAAAGCGUGAAAAUGCUGCUUUAACCGAAUUAAAUGACCUAAUCGUCAGACAAAUCGGUGUAAGAAAGAACUACCUGAUUGAACUUGAAAGACACACCUGUUGUAUACUGCUAUUGCUCACUGAGGACGUCCCCAUCAGUAGAAUUGUCUUUGAUCACACUUUCAGGUUCAUUUGUCGAAUUGAUUUUCUCGAUAGGAUUUAUCACCUGAAAGACUACGCUGAAUUCAACAAGGAUGAAAAUGAGCCACCUGGCACAUACAAAACAACCAAACGGCUAGCAUUCCUAUACAAUUCUAUUGGAAAAUACAUCAACAAGGAAUGUAGUAAGAUUGCAUCAGGUUCGUUCAAAAUCAAUUUCAAUAUUCGAUGCAGUAACGUCAAAAAGGAAUCAAUUUUCGAAACAAUAAUUAAAAACACGUGCAAUUUACCAGUGGACCUGACAGACCCAGAGCAUGAGAUCGCAGUACAAUGCAUCAAGGGGUAUGUUGGACUGGGAAUAUCAAAAAGCAAUCGACGAAAAAACUAUAGUAAAAUAUGUAAAUGA